GCACUAUAGAAACACGUCAGGCUCAGCCCUCAACACGUACCCUCGUUAUUUUACUUAUAAAUAAAAUCACAGUGUUGGCUGUCGUUUACUAUCUUAAGGAAAUCUUUUACGAUGUCUUCACGUCCACUUGUGUUGUGUUUGGUUCCUUCGACUUCUCCAUCGCCUAUGAUGUUAGAACUUGCCGAGCGUUCAUUUAAGGACGAUUUUAUUCUCAUCCACGGAGUGAAAGUCGCUGAUCUGAGCCAAAACGAGCGGGAAAAUGUGAAAGGAAUAAUUUGCAACGAUGGAUUUAGAUGUUCAAAAAUGAGAGUGAACAGAGAAAUUAUGGACCUGCUGCCGAAUUUAAAAGUGAUCAGUACUCCAAGCGCAGGUGUGGAUCACAUUGAUGUACAGGAAGCUACCGCACGUGGAAUUCGUGUAGGUUAUGUUCCGGGCCAUUUUACGAGCGAUUCCGUCGCAGAGUUUGCUCUCGGUUUGCUGUUGGCAUCUGCGAGGUCAAUUUUACUGGCAAACGAAAUAGCAAAGUCGUCUGAUGCAGCACAAUCAGCGGUAAGAUUUUAUCCUCCAUCUGGAAAAUACUCCAACUUCUACUUACGGAAAUUUCCGAAAAUGUACCGAAGACUUCCGGGGGUUGACGAAAAUAUCUAGAUUGUUUGCAAAAUUGUAUUGGUUAGUUUAAUUUUCCCCGAAAUGUGCAAAUGAAGAGGGAAUAAUUAAAUAUGAUGGAUUUAUAGGUCAGCAUUUGAAAUUGUCCAGUUUGCAUGCAUAGAUGAAUGGUCAUUCUUGUUGACAUUUCUGGUGGGAUUAGCAUUUGAACUGUCUUAUAGAGCAGAUUGAUGCAGAUUCAUGAGUUUCCUCCGAAAUAGAUUUAUGAUACACAGCCAAAUGGCUUGUGAGGCAUUUUUUCUGUUUGAAGUCUAAUCUGAUGUCAGCGAUUUAGGCCAUUUAGGUAAGAGAGGGGUUUAACUUCCACGAAAUCAUUGAGUUUCUGUUACAUAAACAGGAGUUUAUCAAGGCAAUUUUAGGUAUUUGGUAUUUAAGUGAUCCCUGGGUAUUACACUAGAAUAAUUGACAAGAAAUUAACUUUAUUUUAUCAGAAUAUUGCGCGCUCACUUCCUUCAUCACAAGUGACUGGUUCAACUCUUGGCAUUGUCGGUUUUGGGAAUAUUGGAAGGGCACUUACUGAGCGAGCCAAAGGAUUCAAAAUGAACAUUUUAUAUCAUUGUCGGACGAGGAAAGAAGAGCUAGAAAAAUAUUCAGGUAACAAGUGAUACCGAUCGAGGUGAUUUGCAGAAUGAGUAAGUUUGAACCCUCAGAUAGUCUGCAACACCUCAAACUAAGCCGAGGCCACACAAUUUUGGCAAUGAGGUCUCAAUGGUGAUAUUCCUCAAAACGAUUGUCUCAAAUGAGUUACCUCAUUGUAUCUGAAAAUUAAUGUUUGAUUCUACAAAGUACUUCCCCCUCCCCCGCCUGUUCCAGGAUCAUUGGUAACCACCGUUUCGCGAGAAAACCAAGAUGACCCAUUACCGAAGAAUACUCGCAAUCGUGUAACUGAUUUCUAUUCAAUCUGAAAUUAAAUAUACAAUAUAAUCUACAAAACUAAAUCAACUAGUAAUAAACAAAACAGUCAAAGAGUGAAGGGGAAUAAUCGAUAUAAACGUUUCCACUAAUCAGUAUACCAUACGGUCAAUAGUCGUCAAAUCAAUGCGUGUUCUAUCAGAGCUCAUGAAUUCCAUAUAAAUCGACAAAACUGAAAUGAUUGACGAUAUUAUAGACAAUAACCAUGAACUUACCUCAAUAGUGAGUUUUCUUAACUUCGCUUAAUCAGGAUCGCCGUAAACAGGGUAACAGUUCAGCAAUUAAUCACGCGGACGUGUCUAAUAAUACUCGAAAUUGGACUAAAUAUAUUAUUUUACAUUUCCAGUUGGGCGUAUAGGAGUUUAUCGUAAGAUCCUUAAUUGUUAAUUUUCUACAUAGUUCAGUUAUUGCGUUGAUUUCACAUUAUACGUGCUUACUAUCACUCUCACCAUAGCUCCUUGUUUCUACCAUUCUCAUUGGCCUUUUUUGCUGUUGUAGCCCUCUCCUUUAACCACUUCCUCCUAUCCUCAUUAGCACUACGUUUCACUUCCUUAUCUUUUGCAUUACAGAAAAACUUAAUGGGUCCUUUGAAAAACUGGGAACACGCACUUGACUUGUGAUGGUACUUUGUGAUUUAGGCGGUUGAAAACAUGACUUUAGGGAAAAAAGGCUAUAAGUUCGAAGUUGAACUUCAGAAUAGGAGUAGAAAUAGUCUCUAUGUACACAUUGGUGCCCGCUUGCACUCUUAAUAGCUAAGGGUGACUUAAACUUAAUUUACCUUAAAAAAACGUAUGCUAGCUCUGUAAAGCUGAAACUAGUACUGAAAGAGGGCCGCUAACAGCAUCUAUAGAUAUGUCCAUAGAUACGUGCAGAAAAUUAACGAAUUGGCGAAGAGAAUUAAGGAUAAUCAUUAUAUGGAGAAGCCUCGAUUUAACGCUUAUUACAACGAUGGCGACUCAUCCUUGUUGCACUUGAGAAAGAAAUCACCAUCCGGAAAUGAAUAUCCCUAAAAUUUUUGUUUACUUAAAUUUGAAUUUUUUGUCAGAAGAAGUAAUGGUUUUUUGUAAUUGUAAGGAAGGAUUACACCUCACUUACAAAGUAAGCCUGAAAUUUUAUUUUUUUUGACUCCCUUUUCCAUUUCUUAUAGUGGAGAUAGAGGCCAUAUUUGGUUACAGGCCUGAAUUGAACCUACAUAUUUUCAUAAACAAUAUUGACGACAUCAUUAAAGAUGGGAACACUACUGUAUUUCUUACUUAUUUUUGUUUCUUUUCUCCAUAAAAUUCAGGUGCUACAUUCUGUUUGGAAUUAAAGGAGCUCUUGACAGCAUCUGACUUUGUUGUUCUGUGCUUACCAUUGACCCCUGAAACAACUAAUUUCAUUUCAGCAGAAGAACUCAGGAUUAUGAAGUCUACAGCAACACUUAUUAAUGUAGGUCGUGGAGGAACUGUAAAUCAUGAUGAUCUUACCGUGGCAUUACAGAAGGGUGUUAUAAAAGCUGCAGCAUUAGAUGUCACAGACCCACCAGUUCUUCCUAGGGACCAUCCCCUAUUUAACAUGUCAAAUGUGAUUAUUACCCCUCACGUUGCAUAUUUGACAACGAAUGUUCAACAACUACGCUGUUCGACUUCAUUGGAUAAUUUAAAGGCUGGUGUAAAAGAUGAAGAGCUUCUUUACUCAGUAAACUGAAAGAGGAAAUUAAGUGAAUGCGUGGAUGCAAACUCUAAUGAUUGUUUGAUUGAUCGAUAACUAUAUUCAUGCAUGGUUAAAAAUUCCCAUCCUCUAGACUCUGAAAACAGCUAAUUAUCAUUCAGUUUUGGAAAUGCUAAGCAGUUGAACUUGUUUACACUAUAUUGAUAAUAAUUGUCCUGAAGGCCUGCAAAACAAAUAACAAACUGGGAGUUAAAGGGUUAAAAAAUGUCCUUGCUUUUUUAGUUUAAGUGCUCAUGAUAAGUUACAGCAGAUUUCAUGAUUUGAAAAUAUGUAUUAUAGAAUUGAAAUUAUGAAAUUUUAGGAGCCCCAUCCUAAAUUCUUGCAAGUUUGUAAUCUGCUUUUUCAAAGAAUACUGCAGUGUGAACACUAUUGUUCUAUAUAUUAGACACUGGUGUCAGAUUUUAAACACUAGUGUUCUAUUUCUAGACACUAGUGUAAAAUUGUUUACCAUAUAGUGUCUGAUUUUAGACAUUAGCAUGCUAUUUUAAACACCUAUCUAAGGACUUAGAUAAUGGCUUUGUUAUCAUUGAUGUUGAUCAUGUGAAUUUUUACAUUUCGUCACUGAAAAUCAUUGUAACCAUUUACAACAUAGGGCUGUAGCUGAGAGAUAUGGGGAGCCAUUUGUGCCAAAAAUAUCACUGAAUUGCCAGCGAUAAAACUCAGUCGUAAGUGCUAAAAUAUCAAUCGUUAGUGGUUAAACUCGAUCUUUAGUGCUAAAAUAUCAAUCGCUAGUUGUAAAACUCAAUCGUUAGUGCUAAAGUAUCAAUAGCUAGUGGUAAAACUCAAUCGUUGGUGCUAAGGUAUCAAUCGCUAGUGAUAAAAUUCAAUCGUCAGUGCUAAUAUCGAUUUGUUCUCGAUUUUAACUUGAACCAGUCUCUCGCCUGAUGAACAAAGAUGAACCAAUCAAAUCUUGUUUACUUUCUUGAAAUCUAUUAAAUUAAUAAGGGACAUUGAAAUGAGUAUAAAGGAAAAGAUAGACCAGCUCGACCUCCCCAUGUAACUUUUGUGGUCGCGUCGCAUUAUCGCCUUCUAAUUAUAUUUUUGCCCUCACAAGGGAUUUUCCCUUUUUGUAAGAGAUGAUCGGAGGUUUUGUAAACAAGGGCUGACUGUGUAUCAGACUCCGAUGCCCCACCAGUAUUUGUUUUCAAUUUUUAAAUGACGGGUGGUACGUUGUGACAAAAGGAAAUAAACGAUCGUGA